GUGUGACUGCAAGUAUGUUCAGUCCACCUUCAACGACCAGAGUGAGCGACUCACUUAGUAGUAACCCAGAAUCACCGGCAUCUCCUAACAAAGAAGUCCCAGCAACAGAUGUUGAUUUCAGUUCUAAAUCCUACGUCAACGAUCUCCUGGAAUGUGGACUGAAAGAAGAACGAUUUCGGAUUGAUAGGAAGAAAUUGGAGGACAUGCUUCAAGUUCAACAAAAUGCAAAUCCAGGCAUUGAAAAUGCUGAAGUUUUCUUCCAGAGGGUGAUGAUUGAGACUUCUACACAAAUAUCUUGGCCGUCAAAACUGAAAAUAGGUGCCAAAUCAAAGAAAGAUCCUCAUGUCAAGAUUAUUGGAAAACCAGAAGCUGUACAAAUGGCCAAGGAAAAGAUAUUGGAAAUACUUGAUACAAAGAAAAAUCGUGUUACUUUGAAGAUGGACGUUUCCCAUUCGGAUCAUUCAUAUAUUAUUGGAAAAAGUGGAUUUAAAAUCCAACAAGUCAUGGAAGAAACUGGAUGUCACAUUCACUUUCCAGAUUCUAACAGGAAUAGUACUGCUGAAAAGAGCAACCAGGUAUCCAUUGCAGGCCAAGCGGCUGGUGUUGAAUUAGCAAGGUCAAAGAUAAGAGAUUUAUUGCCUCUGGUAUUCAUGUUCGAGUUGCCCAACGGCGAAAAUGUUAAUCCUGGAGAAGAAUGUUCACCAGCCAUUCAACACAUCCAACAGACUUACAGCUUCAAUGUCGCCUUCAGAUCUAUAGGACCUGUAGGUUUAGGCCGCACGCUGCUCAUUGUCCGGGGUUGCCAAAGGCUUCUUUCUAGAUUACGACAAGGGCUUGCUUUGCUUAUGGAGUAUCUCACAGGAUCAAAAGCGAUUCCUGUAAUGGGUUUCAUGAAAACUGAAAUCGCUGCGCAACAUCAUCAGUUUGUAAUGGGUGCUUGCAACGCUAAUACGCAAAUGAUUACGAACAAGACGGGUGCAACUAUUAUAUUCCCUGAUUCAUGUCCUUCUGGUUUUGGAAAUGAUAGUCCUACACAAGCUGGACCAAUCAUUGCUGGGCAUAGCAUUCUCAGAAGCAAAUCUACGGUCAUUAUUCAAGGAUCUUUCGAUAGUGUUUGCCUGGCUUGGCAAGAACUGUUGAAAUGCUUGCCUCUGGUACUUAUGUUUGAUCUUAGGGAAGGCCAAGAAUUGGAUCCAGUUAUGGUGAAUAAUUUUAUGGAAGCAUUCAACAUAAAUAUCAUGGUUCGACCAAAAAUGAAGGAAAAUACGAAAUCUGUUUUGAUAAGAGGGGCUGAAAAGGAUUGCAAAAUCCUCUUUCAAGUGCGAAAGGAAAUCCUUGGACUUGAAGAUGAUUCGUGCCCUUUCUCACCUAGCAGCAAGGCGUCAAGCUUUCGACUACCAACAAUCCAGACCUUUGGAAAAGUAUCACAAUCGCAAAUUGAUCUAAAUGACCCGAUCAAAAGGACUGCUCAAAAUAUGUCAGCAGCAGAAUCCUUGAGCCUUCUGACUAACAUCAUUCAACAGAAUCCUCAGAUUGUGGGACUCUUGAAUAACUUGUCUUCAGCGUUUCCGCCUGCUAGCGCCCCGGAACUAGUGCAGUCUCAGCUUACCUCUACAUUUCGAAAUACUGUUGCACAUAAUUCCCAACACGGGCCUCUGAAUCAUUACUCUGCAAAAAAUAUUGAAAACUGGAUAAAUCGUCCUGACAAAAGUUAUGCCUUGCCCUCUGCAUCGAAUCUGCAGAACUACCUACCAAAGGAUAAGAAUGGAGCAGACGAUGGAGAUUCGGGAAUAUUUCUUCCUUCUCACAACAGAUUUAUGAGCAAUGGUGCCGAGUCCAAGAGUGAUAUGAGCAGCCAGCCUGAAUCUUCGGCCUCUUCGACGUCUUCUAAUGAAACUCCAGAUCAUAAAUCAUCCAGAUUCACUAGAAAAAUGUCUCAAGUUUCAGAACUAUCUAUGAACACAGACGUUCAUCAACUUCUUGCAGAAUAUGGAAACAAGAAAGUAACUGCAAACAAAGCGAUGCAGCAACCAAUCGGAGAAGGUGUUCGAACUCCAACUUUGUUGUGGUCGGGCUAUGGAUUCUCUAAAUCAAUGCCGGAUUUCAUUGCCAGGGGAAAACUAACAGCUGCAAAUUCCGGUUCGAUAUCUGAAUUUCUUGAGAGGGAGAAUUCGAGAGUAUCCGAUGUUGAAGCAGCGGCUGCAAAGGCUUGGAAUACAGAAUUGCCAGAGAAAAUCGACAGUCCGCUAGAUAAAGUUUCUUCCCCCUUCAGCUUGAGUAACUUCUGGGAGAACAUUCCUCAGCAGCCCACUGUUAAUUAUGGUUCUUUGAAACAUUUGGAUCAACUUCUAAGUCUGCUAGACCUUGAAAAAUAUUCUGACGUGUUCUUGCAUCAUGAGAUUGAUUUAUCCACAUUCAUCACUCUAACUGAAAGUGAUCUUCAGCAACUGAGUAUCAGUUAUGGAGCUAGAAGGAAGAUGCUCGCAGCCAUAGCAGCAAUUCGAGAACAACAAUUUGGAGACAGAUCAUUGAAACAUUUUCGAGCUGCUCCAGGUGCCGAGCGCCGAACUUACUUCUCGAGAUUCUCAAACGGGUCGGCGAUCCCAGAAGAGAAUACCGAAAGGCUGUAAAUGUUCAAAUGUUCGAAUUUUUGUUAAAACGUUGAAUGCAUAAUGUGAGUCUUCUAUCCCCUUCUUUCUCAGUAUCUAAGCCUGUUCCUUGAACAGUUGAGAAAUUUCUGCAGGAAAAUAAUUUUCCUCUUAAAAAUAACUUUUCGCAAUGAAAGCGACCUAACAAAACAUAUUAACGGCAUAUUUAUACCGCUUAUUUGAUAUAUUUAGUUAUUAUCCGCAAGGAAUUGUGAAGUUCUGUUUCAGAUGUAUAUUGAAUCUACUUAUAAUGAAAGUAGAAUUAGUCUAAUUUUGUCUCUUGCUAUGAAUAAUUCAAAUACCCUGAAAAUGAUCUAAAUAUGCAUGCCUUCUUUGAUCUGCAAAAUCCAUAAUUGUGAAUGUAUUUUAUUGACUUAUUUAAGCUAGACACUGCUGUUUCCUGCAUACAUGUUUUAAAUUAUUUAUUCCCUUUAGUGCAUAACAUGUUUUAUCUUUUAGUACUAAUACCACCAAUUUCCUAUAGUUUUAAAAUGCUAGAGUUUAUGUUCUAAUCUGUGUUUAAGUAAAAAAAUUAAAUAGUGAUAAUAGUUUUCAAGUAGUUAAAUUUCGAAUGUUUACCAUGUAUGUUUUUCAUUAUCGAUUAAAGUGUUUCAGCAUUUAAUUUUUUAAUUAAAAAAGAACGCUAUGUUCAAAUUUUUCGUUUAUAACUUCUGUGAGACAUCUUGUUUCUGUGUUUUAUAAAUUAUCUAACUUUUAAAGUUUUCAGCUCUGUUUUAUUAACCGUUUCAAAAAGAUUUUUAAACAGAGCUGGUAUUUCAAAAAAUGUUCGUUUGAAAUGUUUAUGCUUUACUGAACUGCUGACUUGUUUCAAAAGUCGCAUAUUAAAUUUUUCGGAUAUUUUGAAACUUGGUUAUGCAUUUGUUUUCAGAGCCAGAAUGGCAAAGAACGUUUUACCACAAUAUAUGUAUGGUUUAACUUCCCUCAAACUGCAGAAAUAUUUUUUGUACGAAUAUUUUAAAAAUCUCCAUGAAAAUUUUAUCUGAAAAAUUUCAAUAAAGUUCUCAGACCUAUGUUU